AUGGCUCCCGCGAGGAAGAAGGGCGGCUCGAGCUCGCGCAGCAGGAAACUCGCGGCAUUCCUGAAGGAUUUCGACUGCGAGGUGAACCAGCGUCUGGAGCGGCUGCGGGCGGACGGCGAGCGGCUGGUGAAGGAGGUGGAGAAGCUGUACGACAUGGAGAUCCUGCGGCUGCCGCUGGAGCUGCGCCAGAUGAACUGGCUCGAAUACUUCGGUAAAGAAGGAAGUGGAAAGGCACUGGAGGAGGUGGCCAUGGCAGACUUGGAAAUAGCAGAAAUAGACAAGCGGACAGCAGAAGUUAUCAAUUCUCAGUUUGAAAUCGUCAAGAAAGUGGAGAAAUCCAAAAGGAGUGUUGAAGCCAUCGAGGAGGAAGCAGAGCCUCCAUCACUUCCUCUACCAAAGAAAUCCAGAGUUGACAGCCAGUGUCCUUCAGAGACAGAGUCUGAGAAUGUGAAUCCAAGAACUGCAAAGGUGAAGGCGUCCACCAAAAAGCCGCCCGUGUCCAGAAGACCCCGCUCAGCGAGAGUGAAGCGCAUGAGCAAGAGAUCAAGCAAAACCAGCUUUAUCACUCCAGCUACUGGGAGAAUGGGUGAUUUCUGCACUCGGGGAGGUACCUCCAUGAUCACACCCAGAUUUGAUUCUAGGGUGUUCAAGACGCCGGGUUUGCGCACUCCUGCUCUCAACGAGCGCGUUUACACCAUCUCUGCCAACGGCAGCCCCCUCGCCGACACUGGGGACGCCUUCCUGACCCUGCCCCUGGGUGGAGGGGAGAGCAUACGUUUGACAGCAAAGGAUUUGACCAAGAAGAAUUUUCUUCAGCUGAACCCCAAGGCCCGAGGGCUCAUGAAGAAGUUGUCAGUUUGUCUCGCACAGGCUUGCAGUGAGGCAAAGAAACCCGUAGAUGGAAGUCAGUGAGCAAUGACAUCCCUCUGCAAAUACAUUUUACAUUUAGGACUGCUACCUUCAUUUAGUCCUUCUAAUUUGUGUUCC